UUGUCAUACUUGCAUCGCUCCUCGUUGUGGCGUUCUGUUUUUCGCGUUUUAUUUCUCAUUUUUCCUCCCUGCAUCCUAUCCUUAUUAUUAUUUUGAGUGCUCUGCAUGUAGUCUGUAAGCAUCGACACCCUAUCAGCAGGUAAUUGUUCAAGGAAUUGAACAACAAGAGGGAGAAAUAGUCAGUGUUAGUGGGGGAAAGCGCGAACGGAGGCAGAGAUGGCGACGCUUUCCCAGCCCGAACAAAACAUGAAUACUUUGCGGGAGAUGGACGUGAACAAGGAGGCCCGGGCUGAUGAUAAAAUGUCGCGAGCCUUUGCAGAGAAGGAGAACGUGAACACAAAGCUAAUCCGGGUGGACAAUGUCUUCAAGGGCAGGGAGAAUCUGAAGAAUAUACUGCGGUCCAAGUGUGAGAAUGUCGUGCCGGCCGUGCAGAAUCAGAUCGCCAUAUAUCAGGAUGAGGAGGAUGGCGAAGAUGCCGAUGUUUCCAUCAAGAGUGUCUCCAUGGAGCUCAACAAAACCAUGGAGGAAGCCGCCGUGAACACAAACAGCAGAAAUCCUCUGCAGGAACUUCCGCUGCCCGUGACGAAGCCGGAGAAGAUCAGCAUGAUAACGGAUCGCGACCGCUUCCUGCAGAUCUACGAGUAUCGCUACGAUAUUCUCAAGUACUUGCUCGAGGCGGAGCACAGAUCGCGGCCGAAGAGCAACUAUCUGCAGAAGCAGCCGGACAUCAACUCGCAGAUGCGCACGGUUCUCGUGGACUGGAUGGUGGAGGUGUGCGAGGAGUACAAGCUCGACACGGAGACACUCUAUCUGGCCGUCUCGUACGUGGACCGCUUCCUCAGCUACAUGUCCGUGGUGAGGGGCAAGUUGCAAUUGGUCGGCACGACGGCCAUGUACAUUGCGGCCAAGUAUGAGGAGAUCUAUCCGCCGGACGCGUCAGACUUUGUCUACAUCACUGACGAGACGUACACGAACAAGCAGGUGUUGCGCAUGGAGCAGCUCAUCCUGAAGGUGCUGUCCUUCGAUCUGUCCACUCCCACGGCGUACACUUUCAUUUGCAUGUACACGGCCAUCGAGGAGAUCUCGGAGCCGAUGAAGUUCCUCGCCAUGUUCUUCUGCGAGCUCGCCCUCAUCGAUGCGGACACCUUUCUGCCGUUUCUACCGUCCCAAUUGGCGGCGGCCGGCGUGGCUCUGGCACGCUUCCACCACGGACAAAGCCUCUGGACGCGCUCUCUGACCGAGACAACGGGCUACAACGUGACGAGCAUCCGCGAUCUCGUGUGCCUCCUGAACAAAGCACAUCACAUCUGUGCCAGCAUGAAGCAGAAGGCCAUCGUGGAGAAAUACCGAUCGUCCAAGUAUCUGUGUGUGUCUGAGGGGCGGCAGAGGGCGAAUCUCAGCGCAGCGGACUUUGAGGCGGCCGCUCAGGAGAUUGCACGCGAAGAUGAGGAGGCUGUCGACCGGGAGACGAAUGAGAAUGUCAGUAAGAUGAUUUCCUCCCUUCUAUUUGAGUGAUCGCAGCGAGAGAGAAAGAGAGAAGAAAAUGAAUGUCUCUUCAAAAUUCCUCAGUUUAACGUAGAAGAAUGAUUAGUUUACUAAGAGAAUCUCAUGUGCAUCUCCACACCAAUCUUCGACUCCGAGCAAUUGUUUUUUUUUUAAGACUUAUUUGCCAUGAUACGUAAGUGUUUGUCUUGUAUUCUCUCUCGCUGCCUGCAUCUUAUAAUUAUUAUAAUAUUUUCUUACAAUGUGUUUUCUGCCGUUUUUACCGUAUGAUCCAUUCUCUUUGCGACGAUAAGAAUGAUUUAAGAUAGUAUUAAGAAUAUACCUCAUUUUUGCACUUUCUCCCCUUUUUAUUUCAUACAAUUGAGCUUGAUUUGCAUUCCCUUUUCUAUAUAUACAUAUAAACAAAAGACAUGAGUUUUGCUAGGCAUAAUGUGGAUGUACAAGAAACGAACAAUAUUUAAGAACAAAGUGUUGCGCAAUUAUUUUACUUAAGAGCGUUUUACUUUUUGGUAUAAGUCAAUUUGAACAAUCAAUUUCAUAUUUCUAUAUUGCAAGAGAUUUGUUUGAAAUUGUAUGUACAGUAAUUUAUUGUAUUUUUUUCGAGCCAUGGAGUUUUGUUUUGCAAGUAUAAAAAGCAUCGAAUUACUUAGCAUUUAGAAUGAGAAUAACUUUGUAAAAGGACACUUUUGCAACUUCCUUUUUAAGACAAUAAAACACGAAUGA